CCCCUCACACCAGGUAGAUCAUCUAGGCUGUGGCGCCUCGGUUGUAUUACAUGGAUCUGCCGUUGUUGGCUACCGAUAAGAAAGUCUCACUCUGAAGGACGCUCUAUAAAGUGGGAUCCGCCACUGGUACUCAGACGCAACUCAAUCUGAUCUACAUCAAUCUAGUCAAUACUUGACUCCCCACUCCGGCAAGAUGACCGCAGUUUCUGUCCAAGAAAAGCUCAAACGGCAGUUUCCGGACACAGUGUAUACACCCCUCCCCUCCCCCAACAAACACCCAGCGUACACCUACCAUGGUUUCUUUCCUGGAAAAGUUGAGCAGCUCCCCCGUGGUCAUGUCAAAGAAUCUGGCUUUCAAGCAUUUCCGGUCGAUGUGACCUGGGAGCAUGAUCAGGCAAUUCCCAUGAGAGAUGGAAUCACCCUUUAUGGUGAUGUUUUCCGACCAUCAAGUGGCGAUGAAAAGGUUCCUGCCAUCAUUCCAUGGAGCCCCUACGGAAAAGUUGGAACCGGUAUCUUCAACUACGAUCGUAUGGGCCCUUGGCGUAUGGGCAUUCCAUACCAGCAGCUGAGUGGAUAUGAAACCUUUGAGGGUCCCAAUCCAGCAGAGUGGUGCGCUAGAGGCUACGCAGUAGUGGAUAUUGAUGCUCGAGGCUGUGCCCACUCCGAAGGAGAUACUACUUUCUGGGGCGAACAGGAAGCCACCGACAUCUACGACUCUAUUACGUGGAUUGCCACACAGCCCUGGUGCAACGGAGCGGUGGUCAUGACGGGAAAUUCUUGGCUUGCAAUCUCGCAGGUCAACUUUGUGUCUCGAUUAACUCAUCCAAAUCUCAAAGCAAUCGCUCCCUGGGAGGGCAUGACGGAUUUAUAUACACACAACAUUUGCAGAGGGGGAGUUCCUAAUCCGGGAUUUUGCGAAUUUAUCGUAGGUGGGUUUGCAGGAUUUGGAAAUAUCGAGGAUGUCGGUGCCAUGCUGAGGCAACGCCCACUCUUCGAUGAAUACUGGGAUGCCAAACAGAUCAAACCAGAAAAUAUCCGCGAUAUUCCGAUGUAUCUGACCGCUUCUUACUCCACGGGUCUCCACUGCGAAGGCUCAUUCAAGACCUUCGAAACUGCUCAGACCUCCCGCAAAUGGCUUCGGGUUCAUGCAUCCCAGGAAUGGCACGAUUUGUAUCGACCAGAGGCCAUGGAUGAUUUACAGCGAUUCUAUGAUUUCUAUGCCAAAGGGAUUCAGAAUGGUUGGGAGGCUGAAACCCCAAAGGUCAGACUUACUCUACUUGGGUACGAUGGUAGCUUCGCGAGAACUGUAGAGGAGCGUCCCGAAAAGCAGUGGCCUCCUGCAUCUCAGCAUAACAUUCGAUACUAUUUGGAUGCAAGCGCAAAGACAUUGAUCUCUACGCAGCCUCCAGCUUCCAGUUCCAUUGCGCAUGAGAGUCAUUCACUGACAGAUUGCUCGGAUUUCGUCGUGUACUUUGACAAGUACACCGAGCUUUGUGGCAGACCCUUUGUGAAGCUAUAUAUGUCCUGUGACUCUGCCGAUGACAUGGACGUAGUAGUGCAACUACGGAAGGUCUCUGCAUCGGGCAAGCUUCUAGAGUCCCUAAACUGGUCACCAAUGCCAAAGCCUCAGCCGGAGGUCCCCGAUGUCAAUGUCGCCAAGCAUCUCGGGCAACAAGGAAUGCUCCGGGCAUCUCAUCAUGUAAGUCUUCGUUCUCGACAGAACGAUGAUGAGUUCCCAGUGUAUGGCCAUGAUCGACGCGAGUCCAUUCCUGCUGGAACGGUGGUGCCACUACUGGUCCCUAUUUGGCCGGUGGGAAUGGUAUUCGAAGCGGGCGAGGGAUUGAUUCUUCGCGUUUCUGGACAUGAUAUGUCGCUGCCAGAGGUGGAGAUGAUGAGGUUGAAAGAGCCCGUGGAUGAGAAUCGUGGGAAGCAUACGAUCUAUACGGGUGGUGACUAUGCUAGUUACUUGGUCCUUCCAUUUAUUUGAUCAAGAUUGAACGUGCGUCCAUCAACGAAAUUCCAUCUUGAUUAUGCCGU